AUGGGCCCCAAAGCGAUCCACUUCGGAGGUGGCAAUAUCGGCCGUGGCUUCGUUGCCGAGUUCCUGCAUACUGCUGGCUAUGAGGUGGUGUUCAUUGACGUAAUGGAUAAGAUCAUCUCAGCCUUGCAGAACACCCCGUCCUAUGAGGUCACCGAAGUCAGCGAAAAGGGCGAGUCCACUAAGACCAUCACGAACUACCGCGCUAUCAACUCCAAGACCCACGAGCAGGAUGUAGUCAACGAGAUUGCCACGGCGGACAUUGUCACCUGCGCCGUUGGCCCUAACGUCCUCAAGUUCAUCGCCCCGGUCAUUGCGAAGGGCAUUGCAGCUCGCUCGGCUCCCAAACCCUUGGCCGUCAUUGCAUGCGAGAACAUGAUUGGCGGAACCGAUACGCUGCAUGGAUAUAUCAAGGAUAACACCGACUCCUCCCAACUGGAGGCUCUCGAGCAGCGUGCCCAGUUCGCUAACUCCGCUAUCGACCGUAUCGUUCCUUGCCAGCCGGAGGGCAUGGGCCUGAACGUGCGCAUUGAGGAGUUCUAUGAGUGGGCGGUUGAGACCAAGCCAUUUGGCAGCACCGGUCAUCCCGACAUUCCUGCUAUUCACUGGGUUGAGGAUCUCGAGCCCUACAUCGAGCGCAAGCUGUUCACCGUCAAUACUGGCCACGCCACUGCUGCCUACUACGGAAGAUACGCUGGCAAGGAAACUAUUGCUGAAGCUCUGAAGGAUCCUUACAUUCAUGGAGUUGUUUGCGACGUCAUGAAAGAGACUGCCACUCUCAUUGUGGAGAAGCACGGCAUUUCGCCUCAAGAACAGAAGAACUACGUCGAUACGAUUAUCGCGAGAAUCUCCAACCCAUACCUGGAAGACAAAGUCGAUCGUGUUGGCCGUGCUCCCAUCCGCAAACUAGGCCGCAAGGAGCGGUUCAUCGGACCUGCCUCUCAGCUGGCUGAGCGAGGUUUGAAGUAUGAAUCGAUCUUGGGGGCUAUUGAGAUGGCCCUUCGCUUCCAGAACGUUGCAGACGAUGAAGAGAGCCAAACUCUUGCUCGUAUCUUGAAGGAGAACUCGCCCGGCGAUGCAACUGUCCAACUGACUGGCCUCGAGCGAAGCCAUCCUCUUUUCUCCCCCAUUGUUAAGGUGGUGGAGCAGGUCCAAGCCGAAUCAAAGGAGACUGGGCAGCCACGUAUCUGA